AUGUUCGCCCGCUCUGUGUCGCGCGCGGCAGCGCUCCCUGCGCGCUUGGCGCGUCUGCAAGCAGCUGGUCGUACGACGGUCGGCGCAGCACAAGUCGCUUGCGUCUCGGACGCCCCAACGAUGCAUGGCACUACCAUUUUGUGCGUUCGAAAAGGAGACCAAGUGUGCCUCGUUGGGGACGGUCAAGUGUCGCUGGGAGCAACUGUGGUCAAGCCCAAUGCUAAGAAAGUGCGACGCAUUGGAGAGCACAUUGUCGCGGGCUUUGCUGGCUCCACGGCCGACGCGUUUACGCUCAUGGAGCGACUGGAAGCGAAAUUGGACGAGUAUCCGGGCCAACUCACGCGCUCGUGUGUGGAGCUCGCCAAAGCGUGGCGAACGGACAAGUACUUGCGUCGUCUGGAAGCGACGCUGAUUGUGUCGGAUCUCAAGCAGUCAUACACGCUGACGGGCAAUGGCGAUGUGCUGGAACCACAUGACGGAAUCAUUGGCAUUGGCUCGGGCGGCACUUACGCCCUUGCGGCUGCUCGUGCACUUAUUGACCAGGAUCUGGACGCUGAGGCGAUUGCUCGCAAGGCGAUGCAGAUUGCUGCCGAUAUCUGCAUCUACACGAAUGGAAACGUCGUUGUCGAGAUGCUGGAAAAAAGUAAGGACGAUACGGAGAAAGAUAGCAAGGAGUCGACAACGUAG